AAAUUUAAUGCAAGUUUUGCGUAGCUAAAGUAUGUUAACGCGGUGACGUAAUGUUUUCACUGUAUGCUGAUGUCUAUCACGCGCGUGUUCGCGCCAGCUCACGGAUGCGCCGUUGUGCGCAUGCGCAAACUCUCCCAGCAGCUCGCUUUGCAUACGUACACCCUUCAGCAGCCUUCGUGCCUGGCUCUCUUUGUUAGUUGCAUUGGCUCGCAUGACUCUUGCUCCGUGUUUUCAGUUUUCAAACUCCGGAGUUCUUCAGUUCUGUUCAGACUUCCUUGUACAAGGUGACAUCGUCGUUUCGGUCUCUUGUUGCCUAGUUGUGGUGUCCAGUCCCUGGGCGGGCUGGAAUUGUGAGUGCUGUAUCCGCGGAGUGGUUUACUCAAAUUUUCUCAAAUUUUCCCACGCUGAGGCAAGAGAUGUCGCGCAGGUCCGCCAGGUCAUCUUCUAGCCCCUACGCUAGAGCAACAUCCUCCUCUGCUCCUGGAACCACCCAGGCCGGAGCCCCGGCCCAGAACCCCGCGCCGCCUCGUGCUCCUCGUGCUCCGGCUCUACCUGGCCAAGUGCCUCCGUCUCAGUCAAUGCCGGCCGGCCAACCACCCCAGCCCACGCUGGCGAGCCAGAUCUCCGCCGCCGUGGCUGUUGCUAUUCAGCCUCUGGCCGACAAGGUUACCCUGCUGGAGCAGGCUGGCGCGGCCCAACUCGCCGGCCCAGGAACUGGCGUCAACUCGGGACUCGCUCAUGUUCCGACGUUCAGCGGGGCCUCGCUUUGUGCUGCCGGAUCAAUCGCCACUGCAGCGCCGGUUUCACCAGCAUCAGUACCGGCUGCCAGCCACCCGCCACAACAGUGGCCGUCAUCUGGAGAUCUCCCCGUGGUGCCGCCUCGCCUUCGAGACCGGAUUGUGCGAGGAAUUCCGCCGCCUGGCACCCACGGCACAGCUCCAUCCGGACAUGCCGAUCUUGCCCACACCGGACUGACCGAAGACGUGGCCAGGCUGGCGUCCCUGGCAAUAGCACCAUCAUCCAGGAGGACAUACUCAGCUUCAGAGCGGCGGUACCUGGAUUUCUGUCAGCAGCAUGGCGUCGUGGCCCUGCCUGGAAGCGACGUUACGCUGUGCUACUACGCAGCCCUCCUCAUGCGCACACUGCGGCCGGCCUCGGUUCGCACAUAUAUGUCAGCCAUCCGGAACUUACACGUCGAAAUGGGCCUCGAGUACCCGAAUCAGCCGACGUCCCUGCUGUCACGAGUGUUAAGAGGCAUAGCCCGUUCGUCGGGACCUGGCCGCCCUCGUUUGCCUAUCACAACACCCAUCCUCCGGCAACUCUGCCAACGCCUCCAAGUUUCCUCCAUGCGGCACCCAGUUGACCAGGCAAUGCUGCAGUGCGCCUUCACCCUGGCCUUUUAUGGCUUCCUGCGCUGUGGUGAGCUCACCUCGUUGACGUUUGGCAACGUGGCCCUGGACCAACAAUCAUUUCGUAUCAUCAUCACGCUGCUGCAAUCAAAGACGGACCCGGACGGUAGGGGCACGGUUGUCCACGUGGGCGGCUGUACCGAUGUCAUCAGCUGCCCUGUUACGGCGAUGGUGCGGUACCUGACGGCAGUGUCAGCGGAGUCCCAAUCUCCUAGAGAUCAGCUGCUCGUCUACCACAAUGGCCAGCCUCUGACACGAGCGGACGUCACGAGGGAGGUGCGGACCCUCCUACCGCUUUGUGGGAUUACAGAUCCGUCCAGCUAUGCCAGCCACUCAUUCCGGAUCGGAGCAGCCACGUCUGCAGCUAUCGCAGGCGUACCAGAGCACGUGAUCCGCCAUAUGGGGCGAUGGCGCAGCGACGCCGUGCUGCGCUAUAUCCGUGUUGAGCCAUCCGAGGUGCGGCUAGUAUCAGAGAAGCUGGCCACAGUGAGUGACUGACCAGUAGCGCUGCACCUUGACGAAUGUCUCCUCCGGUAUACAUACCAACUCUCAGUACCGCUAUCGGUACCUAGAUUUCUCGACUGCUAGCAGCUCCUGCUAUACUCCUCGUUCAAUGCUCGCGUUAUUUCUGAGCACUGACUUAUUUGGUUGGCCCACCAGGGUAACUAGCUUGGGCACUGAACUCUCAGUAGCUGGCAGCAUUCUCUCUAUUCGGUUACUGCCCUUGGCAGGUCAGCCGCCAUUUCGGUCUCACUCUCGGUCCCCGCCUCUGUCGGGUCGGCCGCCUCCAUGGUUACACACUGCCAGCUCCUUCGCCCAGUUACCCUGUGGUGCCAACCAACUACUGCUGUGUCUGUGUGUGGGUCGUGUAUGCCUCCGCGUACGGAGCAUGCGUUAAUGCAAGUUUUGCGUAGCUAAAGUAUGUUAACGCGGUGACGUAAUGUUUUCACUGUAUGCUGAUGUCUAUCACGCGCGUGUUCGCGCCAGCUCACGGAUGCGCCGUUGUGCGCAUGCGCAAACUCUCCCAGCAGCUCGCUUUGCAUACGUACACCCUUCAGCAGCCUUCGUGCCUGGCUCUCUUUGUUAGUUGCAUUGGCUCGCAUGACUCUUGCUCCGUGUUUUCACCCACCCACCCACACCGACUUCAUUGUGUUACAAUUCUCAUUCUGUAGCACCCCGCUUAUACUACUAACCUCAUUCGUCUUCCAAACUCACUCUGCUAAACAAAAACAAGCAGGGAUUGGGCACUGAACUCUCAGUAGCUGGCAGCAUUCUCUCUAUUCGGUUACUGCCCUUGGCAGGUCAGCCGCCAUUUCGGUCUCACUCUCGGUCCCCGCCUCUGUCGGGUCGGCCGCCUCCAUGGUUACACACUGCCAGCUCCUUCGCCCAGUUACCCUGUGGUGCCAACCAACUACUGCUGUGUCUGUGUGUGGGUCGUGUAUGCCUCCGCGUACGGAGCAUGCGUUAAUAAGCA